CCGAAGUAAGAGGACCGACUGCCAAGGUGCCGCCGGCGUCCCUGGGAAAGCGACGGUCCCGCCUCCAAGGCUGUCCUCCGAGCAUAACGAGCGAGCGCAGAGCACAAACUGAGGACGCGCAGCCGCCCCGGGUGUUCCAGCCUCGCUCUCCGCUGCACGGCUCGCACCGCUCCGGCGCACAGGCCCCGGGGCCAUACACAGCGCCCCCGGCGGCGGCCGAGCCCAGCCCGAGCGGGGCGGCGCACGGCGCGGGGCCGGGCCGGGCGGCUCCCGGCGCGACUUCCUGUUGUGCCCGCGCCCCGCCGCAGCCGCCACCGCCAAGGCCGCCGCCGCCGCCCGGGGUCCCUCGCCCACUGCCCGCGGCCUGCAGCGGCCGCCGCCCAUGGAUUUCACCUAGCGCCGGUGGCCAUGGCGGCACAGUGCUGCUGCCGCAAGGCGCCCGGUGCCGAAGCGGCACCCGCCCGCCCGCCGCCCGAGCCGCCGCCCGCCCUGGACGUGGCCUCGGCCUCCAGCGCGCAGCUCUUCCGCCUCCGCCACCUGCAGCUCGGCCUGGAGCUGCGGCCCGAGGCGCGCGAGCUGGCCGGCUGCCUCGUGCUGGAGCUGUGCGCGCUGCGGCCCGCGCCCCGCGCGCUCGUGCUCGACGCGCACCCGGCCCUGCGCCUGCAUUCGGUCUCGUUCCGCCGCGCCCCUGCCGCCUCCGAGUUGCCCUGCACCUUCGCCUUUCCUGUCCCCGGGUUGGGGCCCCCGCUGCCCGCUUUCGCAAAUUCGUCUGACGCGGAGUCCGCCGGCUGCCCUCUGGCCUUCAGGUUGGACCCAUUCACCGAUUAUGGCUCCUCGCUGACCGUCACACUGCCACCCGAAUUGCAGGCACACCAGCCCUUCCAGGUCAUCCUGCGCUACACCUCCACGGACGCCCCCGCAAUCUGGUGGCUGGACCCAGAGCUGACCUAUGGCAAUGCCAAGCCUUUCGUCUUCACCCAGGGCCACUCUGUGUGCAACCGCUCCUUCUUCCCGUGCUUCGAUACGCCCGCCGUCAAGUGCACCUACUCAGCCGUUGUCAAGGCCCCACUAGGGGUGCAGGUGCUGAUGAGUGCGACGCGGAGCGUGUACGUGGAGGAGGAAGGCGUCUACCACUUCCACAUGGAGCAUCCUGUACCUGCCUACCUCGUGGCUCUUGUGGCCGGAGACCUCAAGCCAGCGGACAUUGGGCCCAGGAGCCGUGUGUGGGCUGAGCCAUGCCUCCUGCCCACAGCCACCAGCAAGCUAUCCGGUGUUGUGGAACAGUGGCUGAGUGCCGCGGAGCGACUGUACGGGCCGUACAUGUGGGGCAGAUAUGACAUCGUUUUCCUGCCACCCUCCUUCCCCAUCGUUGCCAUGGAGAAUCCGUGCCUCACCUUUAUCAUCUCCUCCAUCCUUGAGAGUGAUGAGUUCCUGGUGAUUGAUGUCAUCCAUGAGGUGGCCCACAGCUGGUUCGGCAAUGCUGUCACCAAUGCCACUUGGGAGGAGAUGUGGCUGAGUGAGGGCCUGGCCACCUAUGCACAGCGCCGCAUCACCACAGAGACCUAUGGGGCUGCUUUCACCUGCCUAGAGACAGCCUUCCGCCUGGACGCCCUGCAUAGGCAGAUGCGGCUUCUUGGGGAGGAUAGUCCAGUUAGCAAGUUGCAGGUCAAGCUAGAACCAGGAGUGAACCCCAGCCACCUGAUGAACCUGUUCACCUAUGAGAAGGGCUACUGUUUCGUAUACUACCUGUCCCAGCUCUGUGGAGAUCCCCAGCGCUUUGAUGACUUUCUCCGAGCCUAUGUGGAGAAAUACAAAUUCACCAGCGUGGUGGCCCAGGACCUGCUGGACUCCUUCUUGAGCUUCUUUCCUGAACUGAAGGAGCAGAGCGUGGACUGCCGGGCAGGGUUGGAGUUCGAGCGCUGGCUCAAUGCCACAGGCCCACCACUGGCUGAGCCAGACCUGUCUCAGGGGUCCAGCCUCACCCGGCCUGUAGAGGCCCUCUUCCAGCUGUGGACUGCGGAGCCUCUGGAGCAAGCAACAGCUUCAGCCAGUGCCAUUGACAUCUCCAAGUGGAGGACCUUCCAGACAGCGCUCUUCCUGGACCGACUGCUAGAUGGAUCCCCGUUGCCCCAGGAGGUGGUGAUGAGCCUGUCCAAAUGCUACUCAUCCCUGCUGGACUCCAUGAAUGCUGAGAUCCGCAUCCGGUGGUUGCAGAUCGUUGUCCGCAAUGACUACUAUCCUGAUCUCCACAGGGUCCGCCGUUUUCUGGAGAACCAGAUGUCGCGCAUGUACACCAUCCCCCUAUAUGAGGACCUCUGCACCGGUGCCCUCAAGUCCUUCGCACUGGAGGUCUUCUACCAGACACAGGGACGGCUACAUCCCAACUUACGCAGAACCAUCCAGCAGAUCCUGUCCCAGGGACUAGGCCCCAGUGCUGAGCCCAGUGCAGAGACCAGCACAGAGUUGGGCAGUGCUGAGGCAGACACGAACCCAGACUCGCCAGCCCUGCUACUCGGGGACGAGGCCCCCGGUAGCACCAUCUCUCUCAGGGACGUCAAUGUGUCUGCCUAACCUUGGUGACUGAUCCUCAACCUCCCAGACACCACGAUUGUGCCUUCUGUGGUCCGGGCGCCAUGACUGCGCCUUGGCUCUGGCCACGAGCUCUGCCCAGGACCAUAAUCCCCUCCUACUGGCUCCAGGCCAGAGGCUUGGGAAAAGGAUCUUGUGUCCAUUGAGGCCUAUGGACCAGGGCCCACCCUGUCCCUACUCUCUUGCACCGCGGGGCCCAGGGCUGGCCCAUACCCACCAUGCCUCCUGUCUCAACACUGACAGCCAUGCCUCACCCUGGAGCCAGCAUCUUCUGAACACUGCCCUGGGGACAGUGACCCCAGCAGUCCCACAGCAACAACCACAAUGUGCCUUACACAUGCCAGAGACCCAGGAUGCAUGGCCCUGGAAGCGUGCUUUCCUGCAGAGCCCUGUGUCUGGCCCCAGGGCUCGACUUGCUUGAGGGACAGUGGACAGAGGAGCAAGGACACAGGCAUUCCAUCAGUGCAGGGGCAGGGAACAGAAGGAGAGGAUGGACCUCUCAAGCAGGUCUCCGUCUCUGCACCUGGAGUCCAGGCCUGUCCAUGUGGCUACCUGGGUACCAUUGGUGCUCUCUGUGCUUGCCUGCUCGGAGAGGCACUAGGCUGUGGGCUUCAGCCUGGGACCACUGCAGCAGGAACCACGGUGACUGUCCCAUUGAAUCUCCACUUUGCAGACCCGACCUUCCUUCCUGUUUGUCACUACCCUGUCUUUUGUACCUGCCCAGCUGCCAUGGUAGGGCCGAAAGAGAUGAGAACUGGUCACAGGAGUCAUGGUCAUAGCCUGUCCCCAUAGACAGAUGUAGAGAGAGAGAGAGAGAGGUGAGAACCUACCCUAGAGACCGAAAUGGGGAACAGUAGGUGGCCCCUUGUUCUCUGCUCCUCAAUCAGACCUUGACUGAACAUGGCCUCUUCAAGACCCUAAAGAGGCUGUUUGUCUCCUUCAUUCUGGACUUUCACCUCUGUGACUCUGACCACACCCCUGCCUUCUGGCACUGGGGCACCCAGACCUCCACAACCAGAGUGCAAGGGAGGUGUGAGUGACAGGGAUUGGUUGGGAAUGCUGAGACUGAACUCUAGCCUGGCAAGCUAUGGGGUUAGCCGUCGCUACUGACUAAGGCUCUAUCCCAUUCAAGAAUGAGACCCAUCCCUCACAACCAGCAGAGGGCAGAGGGGACAACAGCAGUGACACCUUACAGAAGAAAGGUGCUACUGUUUUCACUGCUGGAACAGUGGCAGAAACAAUAAUUUGCUUUGGCUGUUUUUUAGGCCUUAGUGGCAGGGAAGGAAUGGCAGCGAGAGAAGCUUGGCAGUGGGGGCUUGUUGGGAUUCCUCAGUUCUACACAGCGGAGACACAGUUCAGGCAAAUAUAACUCAAAAACCAGCCCCUAGGGACCUAUUUCCACCAGCCAGGCCCCAUCUCCUAAAGGUUCCAUAGCCUUCAAAGUGGCGCCAUAAACGGAUG